AUGACGACGGCGGAAGAUAUGCCUAUGAUGCUGGACACGGCCAUGUCUGUCGGCCUCGGUGGCGUGGACGACCUCUUCGGAGACGAGGUGCCUCUAUCCCUGCCUUCCAAGACGCAAGGUCGACAUCUUCAUCAACGGCUGGAUGACCUACGCAACCGCGGUUGCUGCCAAACAAUCGCGUGGUCUAGGGCAGGUACAAUUGCAUCCAUUACCCCCGACGGGUUGAGCUUGGAGCUGCGCAUGCUUCGUGCGCACCCAGCCAAUGGUAGCUGGGGAAUGAGCGAGCCCACCACGACGGAUCUCGUCAAAGGCACCGUCACCAAUCCCCUCGUACAUCUGGAAUGGAGCACUACUACUGCUCCCGAUCUUGCUAUUUUUGACUCUACAGGGCGUGUUAUGAUUAUAAACUUUCCGGUUUCCUUGAAUGCCCCAUUCGCUAAUCGCAAGUGGGAUGCUGAUACCGUGGACGACAUGAAUGCCAUCGUUGGCUGUCAUUGGCUACCUGUGCCUCCUAUAUCACAGAAAACAUUUAAUGUCCUAUACGGCCCAGCCAUCAAGGCCCAACCCAACAGCUCGUACCAUUACGAAAACUCUUUUGUCCAGGCAAUGGGGCCCCAUCACCCGCACACGUCAAAAAGUGCACUGUUUUGCGUCACCAUGAGUGGGAUGUUGAAGAUGUACUGGAGUCAGAAUAAUGGCAGAAUGGAAGAGACGACAAUGGAGCUGGAGAGCAUCUGUUCCUCAGACGAUUUGGUAACACAUGCAUCGUUGGCUACCGACAAGAGAUACCUCAUUAUUGUUUUCACGACAGCCACCAAGAAACUCAAGGUAGUAAAGUUGGAGAUCCAGUGGGCUGGUCCUGGAGCGGUGCAGGAAAAGACGCAGCUUUCUCUUACGGCGCGCCUAAACCCUUCAUUAGUGGAGGAUCAUCUUGCCUCUAUUGACUGGCUUCAGAUGGUCGACGAGCCAUCACUGCCCGAGUUUACAAGCUUACAAGCUCUGCCUUCCAUUGUCGCUAGUAUCGGAACUCCUGGUCCUCCGCUUAUCAUUGGCGCUCGAGCCCGAUCCUCGGGCAUCGGAGGUUUUGAAAUGAUGCAGACAAUCAUAGAUCGCUGGGAAUGUGUUGAGCAGAAGCCAGCGAUACAGAAGGCGUUUGAACAGAUGAGAAGCCGUCGGAACAGCGCGUCCACCACCCAAGAGCUGCCUGUUUUGACAAGACUGAAGCGUCUAGAUCCAAUCACGAUCAACAAGACUGUGAUCAGCAUGCAAGUCUCUCAGUACGGUAAGGUGCUGAUACUUGUCAUGUCGGAUGGAUCAGUUGAGCACAGAGACCGCUUCACAUUCGAACAACUCUACACCACUACCGACGAUUCAAGAAUUAGCAGUCUCGCAGCAGCUGGCUGGACAUUCGCAGAGGACGGACCCUGCUACCAAGCUGCCUUUUCGCCUACGCAGUGCUCCAUCAUCCAAACGGGCGAUGACGGCAAAUUGAAUUGGAGGAAGCUUCAGUAUGCGCAAGGCGAUAUUGGAGAAUCCAAUAGCGAUAGUGCAUACAGUGCCACUGUAGCAGGACUUACAAUUGCUGCCGCACCUUGCAUUGUCACGCAAAGCAACUUUGACGACUUAUUGGCUAUUGCACACCCUUUGGCUGAGAAGAAGAGGUUUGCGUCGGACUGGAUUCAAGAACUGAUCAAAAUGCUUAAGGUGCAGAUUGACUAUACACAGGAGAGUCACCAUGAGUCGCUCAUGCGUAACACUCCGCUCCAGUUCUGCAUGAGUAUUAUGAAUAGCCUCGGGUUUAAAGGAGAGAAUGCGCCUCGAACAUUUCAGGGCAAGUUUGCCUACAUUUUCCUGAACGUGCGCAUAAUUGUUGUUCUUGCGACAUUGGCUAGCAAUACACCACCACAAGCGAGGGAUAAGAUGUCUCCAUUGGACGAACCAGAGGUAGUGGAAGCCCUGGCUGGGGAGCUCAAAUGGGGCAUGGAUCUGCUUGCUUGGAUCAUGGACUGCCUGUUUGAACUCUCGAAUGAUGAACAGUUUAUGCAGCAUCUGAACGGCAAACUGAGCGCCGCUUCGGAAUACCUGCAGGAGCGCAACGACGUUGCGUUGCAUCUGCUCUUGAGCUCACCCACACGCAGCUUCCUUUUGGCGCUGUGCCGCCGCAUUUCGCACCUGGACGGCGUCAGCGCCAGGACGCUCGAGUUCUAUCGCCAGCAGGCGGCCGAGGCGGAGCGCUCAGGCGUGGCUCGGCUAUCCAGUGGACAGCUGCAGCAGGCGUAUCAGCGAAUGCAGCAGGUGACGAGCUCGAGCCUGGUGCCAGUGGCCGAGUUUGAAAAGAUGCUCAACACGCUGAACCACGACAUCAAUCAGGUCUAUGCCGUGUACCUGCCAGCGCUGCUCAGGCAGGCUAGUCACCCGCCGCAGGGCAAGCAGAUUGACAUGCGCAUCAAGUCGUCUCAGGCGCAGAUGGAGGUUGUGAUGCUUCUCUCACGGCACGUGCCACCGGCCUUUAUGUCGCUAGUCAAGAAGCUCUUCGUCGAUGACCUCGGUCCCAUUCGCGCGCAGCUGGACCCGGCCGCGCUCUUCUUCGCCGACUUUACGGCGCUGGGCGUGCAGGACGACAAGGCCAGCCUGGCGGCGCGCGCGGCGCGCAACGGCGGCGGCCCGUACUACGACUCGUUUAAACGCAUUGAGCUCCAGCGCGGCACGCGGGGAGCGAAGCCGUGGAGGCGGUGCGUGCGCUGCCCGACGCUCAUGGAGGACGUCUCCCCGAACCGACCAGGCGUUACGUACGUGCUGGCGCCGCAGAGAAAGUGCUCAUGUGGCGGCAGCUGGGGCUUGCUGACCAAGGAUAAGAUGGUGCUGUAG